ACCAACAAACCGAAGGCCGAUCGCCGCGAUCCGGACUGGGGCUGGGGGGUCAAACCCCAGCUCGAAAAACAAUUGAAGGAAAGCUGCGACGAUGAGCACUGACAACAAGUAUUCGAAGGUCAUCAUCAGAAACCAGGUGAGAAGAGACCUUUAUACACACAUGCAAGCCCCAAUUCGCAAACCAAUUCGCCUCAUCCCCGCCUGCUGCUUUCUUCAGGAGAUGCCAGAGCACAUGAGGAAAGACGCAGAAGAACAGGCCGUCAAGGUGAAGAAUGCGUGCAUCAUUGUCGCUUCUUGCUGCCUCUCAUUUCUCAUUGUGUUGUGAGUGUAGGCCUUUGAGUUGUACAGAACGGAGUCAGAGAUAUCAGACCACAUCAAGAGUGAGCUGGCGGGGUGUUGCGGGCACAAAAGAUCCAUCUUGUGUGUUUCCCUGACAGAGUUUUUCGACAGCACCCACACACCCACCUGGAACUGUAUUACCGGCAAGAACUUCGGCGCUUUCGUGUAGGUGCAAAGAGAGGCAGCUUGCAGACGUGACGCUCCAUGCACCACUGUCGCCUGUGGUAUCGUCUUGCUUGUCCUUCUCUCAACCAGGACCCAUGAGACCAAGAGAUACCUGUACUUUGGCAUCGGCCAUCUGAACAUCCUUCUAUGGAAGUGUGGGUGACAUCCGCUCGUCGUCUUGUAGCGUGGUCCAAGCUCCCUGGCGGACGGGUGGGCGCACGUGUGCGUGUGUGUGCAUGGAGACACGAU